GCCAGGGAAAGAGUUAAGAGAGCCAGAAGCAGCAGCCUGAGCUGUGUCUGUUUGCUGUAGCCAUGAGGGUUGCAGGACAGAAAAGAGGAAUCUCUAGCCCGGAGGAGCCAGACGAGAGAACGUCACCAAGAAAGACAGCUGGUAGGUGAAGGAGGCCCAGACCAGCACCAAGUCUCCUUGUGCACCACUCUUGGAAACCAGCACUGGGACUCACCCUCGCUUCCCAAAGGGACUGGUGGUAGAAAAAGAUGCCAGAGAACUGAAUCACCAUGCAACAGCGGACUGGUGCUACUGGGACCUCACUGCAUAGAGGAGCCUAUUAGUUACCAAUAGGAUCUCACUCUGUUCCCCUGCUGGCUUGUGGGCAGCGUGAUUUGCAGCGGGGAGAGAGCAAGAGUAUAAAGCAUUCAUCCGAGGAGUGGACUUGAAGAAUCUGCAUGUGGAAUUGUGGGUACAGGGGCUGCUUGCUGUUCAUGCUGAACUCCACCAUGUGAACUACCUUUUUGGGAGAGCUGUUGUGGAGCCCCUGUCCCAUGCUCCUGACCCUCCAGUGAUGUCUCGCAAUCCCUAGAGGACAGUGGCGCUGUAGAUGCCCCUACAGUGCUAACCUGGGAGAUUUCUUUGUCCCCCGGGGUUCCCGUGCUGACAGCACCCAGAGACAGCUCAUGGUUGUUGUGGAGGGUGGGGGUACUUGCUCUCCGCAGUGCUGGACUGGGACUGCCCUGGGAGUGACUCUCUGGCACCAGGCGCUGGGGAAGAGAGAAAGGCAUUUGUGCAGCUAAGGCAGAGGGGCUGUAGUUAAGAUUUCUCCAGCGAGAAGAUGGAAAUUGUCCAGCUGUAUGUUGUGCUGAUUUCAGUGCGGCACAUCCGUGCUGUGACCUGGCUGUACCUGGCAAAGCAGCCCUCCCUGCGAGGGACUCUGCGAGAUUCCAGUGCCUGUGAGGGCUUGAAGGGCCUGGCGGAGGAGCAGGUGCGAAUCUGCCAGCGGCAAGUGGAAGCCAUGGACUCAGUGAAGCAUGGAGCAGAGCUGGCCAUAGAGGAGUGUCAGCACCAGUUUCACAACCGUCGAUGGAAUUGCUCCACUCUUCAGGGGCUACAGGUCUUUGGCAAGGUUGCAAUACAAGGUACACGAGAAUCUGCUUUCAUUCAUGCCAUCUCAUCAGCGGGAGUGGCGUUCGCUGUGACCCGGGCCUGCAGCCGUGGGGAGCUGGAGAAGUGUGGAUGUGAUCGCAAGAUCCGUGGAGUCAGCCCAGAAGGAUUCCAGUGGUCAGGCUGCUCUGACAACCUGUCCUAUGGUAUUGCCUUUUCUCAAGCCUUCGUGGAUAACCCUGAGCGGAGCCGUGGUGUCUCGUCCAGCCGAGCACUCAUGAACCUGCACAACAAUGAGGCUGGUAGGAAGGCCAUCCUGUCCCACAUGAAGGUAGAGUGCAAGUGUCAUGGAGUGUCAGGUUCCUGCGAGGUCCGCACCUGCUGGAAGGUGAUGCCCCCAUUCCGCAAGGUGGGCAAUGUCCUGAAAGAGAAAUUUGAGGGGGCCACAGAGGUGCACCCCAAGCGGGUUGGUUCCCGAAAGCUCCUGGUGCCCAAGAGCUCCCGCUUCAAACCCUACACAGCUCAUGACCUGGUCUACUUGGUGGCCAGCCCAGACUUCUGUGACCGGGAUCCCCACAGUGGGGUCUUUGGCACCUCCGGACGCCAGUGCAACCGGACGUCCCAUGCCAUGGAUGGCUGCGAGCUCCUGUGCUGUGGGCGAGGCUUCCGCACGGCCCAGGCCGAGGUGGUGGAGAGAUGCAGCUGCAAGUUCCACUGGUGCUGUUCAGUCAAGUGCAAGCAGUGCCGCCACCUCGUGGAGGUGCACACCUGCCGGUGAGGGGGAGCUGAGCUAGGGGGAGGGAGCAAGUGGUGGGCAAGAGUGCCAGCACCAAGAGGCGGGGAACCUUGGGGAAGACAUGGGGAGGGGAUGACUCAGAGAGAGGGACUGAGAGUUCCAGAGAGGAAUAUACAAAGUUGGGGGGGGGGGAGGGACGGAGACCCUUUACCACCCCAAUGAAGAAGGAGCUGAUUGCUCCAGAGGGGGCAUCUCUGGGGGGGCUGCAUAGAGGUUGCUCCCCAGUUACAGAGGGGUUUGUCUGGGAUGUGGCUCAAGGGUAUUUGGGUUUACUCACUUGUGAUGGCAUUCUCUGAAUUUUUUGGGAGGGGACAUGGGGUUGAACACACCGAGUCAAAUAAACCCUUAAAAUAUUAGGAAUAAAAUUAUUGUAUUAGCAAAA